GUUUCGCUUGAUUUCCACAGGUAAAUAACCUCCCAUAUAAAGAUGUAACAAUAAUGAACUUUGCAGAUCAUCUUAGCCUAGGUGAGUGUUUAAUUAAUUUUGACGCGGACCAAACUCGGUGAAUCAUGCCUGAUCACGUAUAGCUAUUCGAAAGAAAUCCAUAGCCUACUACUUGUAGAUACAUGUUCUUGCGAUCAGCACAGUAUAAAAUCUCCGUUACCAACUUCGGUACAACGGUGAUCCUACCUUAACUAAGCAUAUUUACUAACUAGGCUGCUAAUUUCCCGAAAUCAUAACUUUUCCUCGCUCAUAACCACCAGUUAGUGGAUUUCAAUAUUUGAAAGAAGCCAGUUUUAAAAAUAUCUUAGGCAUUGCAGGAAGUUAGUAUCCGUGCCUACAAAGCAAGCUUUAUCCAUUUAUCUAUCUGAAAUCUCUUUGUGUACUGCUUCCAAAUCCUUUCAACUUGUUCUUCAGAACAGUAGAAACAACAUGAAAAGUUUGGCUCGAAUGAGCUUCCGCCCUUCAUGUAAAUACAGAGAAGUGUUCUGCACCAUUUGAUGCAGCCAGAAUCGCAUACGCUGAUGAACUAUAUCACGGAAUCCAUAAACGUAAUAUCAGGUGUAAAUACCGAGCGUUGAGAUUAAAAUCCCAUGCACGGAACCUAGCCAGAUUUAAUGCAGUUUCCGACAAUUUUCUCAGACAAGGCAUCACUCUCAUAACAACUCAUCUUAAAAGAAGAAAUAUACAAGGGACAGUUUUUGAAUACAGUUCUUCCCACAGCUGGAAUCUUAAGAUCUUGCCCAAAAAAUUCGUUGUGCAAAUGAUAUAGAUACUUUUGAAAAUGUUAUAAUUGUUUAUUUACUGUUACUUUCAUAUUAUAUAUUUUCGAUACUUGGACUUUUACAUAUUUUCAGCUGUGACAAUUCUUAGUGAAUUUUUACCUUUUAGGCCUUCUGAAUUUUGACUUAUGUACUCAAAUAACAGAACCUUUGUUAAUACCAGUGCUUAUUACACUGAUAAGGUUAUCAUGUAUAAAUAUUAUUAUUAUUAUUAUUAUUAUUAUUACUAUUAUUUGAAGCCAUUUUGGACAAUUUCAGACAAGGCGUCAUUCUCAUAACAACUCAUCAUAACCCCAAGCUUUCACUCCCAGGAUCUCAUUAGUAAUUCUCCUUACUGUCUGCUAUGCAGUUCAUGUGAUGUUAGUUCAGAGGAUUUGGUAUUGGAUCAACUGAUAAUCCUUCGACUGAUAUUUUUCUUUAUUCCUAUUACUUGGAUACUUGAUAUUGUAUUGAUAUUGUAAGGAGAAAUUCUGUCUUGGUCACUCAGUUUAAGGAUUAAAAAAAGAAAUACACUGGGGAUGGUUUUUGAAUAGAGUUCUUACCACAGCUGGAAUCUUAAGAUCUUGCUCAAAAAAUUUGUUGUGCAAAUGAUGUAAAUACUUAACAAAAAUUUUUCAUUUAAAGUUACUUCAAUUAGGAUGGUGGUAGGAUCAAUUUAUUUGUCUACUUUUUUUAUUACUAUGUUAAUUUUUUAUUAAAAAAUGUUUUACCUUGGUGUGUUUUUAUUCUGCAUUCGUACAUGUACAUACUACACAGGUUAAUAAUGCAUUUCACAUGUGCUGAUGGCUAUUCACCUCAGAGCAGCUCAUGAGACAAAAUGUCAAGAGUUUAAUUUCAGAUCAUUAUUUUCUUAAUUCAAGGAAAUAAAUAAUUUUAUUUUAUAUCUGUGUGGUAUAUACUAAAACAAUUAUUCACCUCCACUUUGGUGAAUAAUUGUUAAUUAUUGUUCAGGAUAGGGAUCUGUUUCUAUUGGCAGCCAAGGACCUUGUGAUGGAUUAACUGCGUGUUAUUUUGCUCUCUUUUUCCUUUUCAUUUCCAUUAGGACUAGCCAUUAAAUUGUAGAUAAAUACUUAAGGAAUGGAUAGACCUGAAAUACAUUUUAAGGAUAGUUUAUUAAGUGUUUUCAUACACAUUAGAAUGAGUCUUGUCAUUGUCAUUUAUGACUUUGAAAUGCUACUAACAUGUGCAUUCAAAUGAAAAUUCAACUUGACAUUCUUUAAAUUGAUUUGAUAUUCUAAGAACACAUUGUUUUUUUUUACAGAUCAAUCAGCAGCAAGAUAAACAUGAACUAUGUCGAACAAAGAGUACUCUUUGGAAGAGCUUAAUUAUUUCCGUAUUUGUUACAUCAGUACAAAAAUUGUACGGGAUGGCCUGCAAUCAGUGUUCAAACAAGAAUGGAAUAGAUUGUAUGGAAGUAGGCGUGGACAAUGGCUUGACACUCCCAGUAAUGGGAUGGACUUUUUCAACAUGGAAUCACUAAAAAGCCAGAAGAGAAACUAUAAGCUUCUGAACAGCAUUAGAUAUGGAGACAGCGGUUCCUGGGAUUGUACCUGCCUUUUCUUUGCGAUUCUCUUUUCCGAUUCCCUUGGUGGACCUCUGUUACAUGUAAGUCCUACUGUACAUAGUUAUGUUAAAGAUUUGCAAGAAUUCUAUCAUGGUUUUUGUGCACAUCUUUCUCAACCAAGUGUUUUGGAAUCAGACUUUCAAGCCAAUGUUCAGAAGGUCACAAAUGCAUUCAUAGCUCUAAAUCUCAACACAAAGGAACUGCAAACAAUAGUCAAUCAGUGGAACUUUCCUGGAGGGGAGCUUCAAACAAUCCAAGAGCAAAUUGCCGUCUUAGCAAAGGAAGUUCAGGGUAAGCCCAAAAACUUUGUAGUUCUUCCACCCAAGCCAUCGCACAAGAUCAUUGAAAGGAGUAGUGAAGUUGAAGAAAUCAUGUAGAUGCUUUGUGACCUCCAAAACGGAAGUGACAAUGAUUGUGUUGUAGCUGUGUUUGUCACUGGAAAUCCAGGAUGUGGCAAGAGUCAGAUUGCUCAUCAAGUUGGACGAAAAUUUGCUGAUGAGAACCCGGACUGCAAUUCAUUUGUCAUGACAUUGGAUGCUGAAAGUGAAGAGACUUUGCUUGAAUCAUAUAAGAGAUUUUGCCGUGAGCUUGGAAUCACGGAAUACUGUCUUAAUAAUAUCGUAGGAGGUGAUUCCAAAUUGACGAAGAAAGAAAAAAUUACACAUCUGAAAAGCUUUGCAUUUUCCAAGGUACGAGAGUAUUCGGCCUGGUUGCUCAUAUUAGAUAAUGCCAACGAAAGUGAAAGCUUACACUGCUUCUUGUCAGAGAAAGGAGAACAUGUAGGUUGUGGACAACUACUUGUUACCACGCAAGAGAGCACCUAUCUUCCAUUUGGUGACCCUUCAUGCAAAAUGAUCUCCCUCAGUGAGGGAAUGCAAGUAAAAGAUUCCAUGAAUCUUCUCAGGAGUAUCUCCCACCUUUCAAGUGGUGAUGAUGAAGAAGAAUGCGCAGUAUUAGAUGCCUUAGAUUACCAGCCUUUGGCCAUUGCUUCAGCAGCACUGUAUGUUCGAUUCUUACAUGACGGAGAAGGAACAGAUAUUGGUUUUGCAAGUCUCACAUGGGAAAGUUAUGUCAAGCAACUGGACAAGGGAAUAAGCCAGGCAACAGAAGAGGUGUACGAAGAUACAAAAAUGAAUUAUCCACAGUCAGUGACUUCAGCUGUCUCACUGACAUUGCAAAAACUUGUCAAGAAUGCCAUUUUUGAGCGUGUGUUCCAUUUCCUAGCUUUGUGUUCGCAAGCACCAAUUGCAAUUGACGUAAUUGUCAAAUAUGUGAUGGAAAUGGAACCAGAUAUUGACGAGUUCCACACAGCUGCAGAAAUUUCUAAAUGCAGUCUGCUUAUCCCAGAUGCAGAUAAUCCUGCUCUUGUAAGAGUGCACCGGGUCAUACACGAGGUGAUGAAAAGUCAUUUCAUCAAGAAGAACCCCACAGAUAAAGUCUUUGAGAUCAUACAUCAAGACAAUAUCUCUGUUUGUCCAACAUGA